UUAACCAGCUGCUGACUAUGUUUCUGUUUUACACUGUGACCGGGUUAUUUCAUGUGUGUGGUCUUGCCUCCAUAACAACUGGAUACCCACACACUGUUACACGUGUUGGCGACGAUGUUAACAUAACCAUGAACCCAGCGAAUGUCACAUUUCCAUACUACCUAUGGAUGAAUGGUUCGGUAGCUGAGAGACUGUUACUGGUCAUGCCUAAGUCACACCGUGUAUGGGUACUCAACACCAGUCACACCGGCUACAGGACCAGGAUCAGAUACACCAGUGAGGACUCGCCAUCACAGACAGGACAGCUGAGGUUUACCAUCUACAAUGUUUCUGUACAGGACGCUGGUACUUACUACUGUCAAGGAGCCAUUAGACAGACAGUUACUGGAUGUAGACAGGUCCUCGUUGUAACACAGAAGCCAACCAGACCUAACAUCACCGGACCUGCCUCACCUGUAUCAGGUGAGAAUGUCACCCUGACAUGCUCCUCCUCCUCCCGGAGUCUACCCCCGGACCAUCCCCCACUGACCUUGACCUACAUUUGGAGGAGGGACAGGACCCGGGUAGAAUCUGGUGAUGAGUCUCCUACAGGUGGAGAUGACCUGACAAUAACCCACAUCAGCAGAGAGAACCAUGGAGACAUCUACAGCUGCCAGGCCGUGGAGGAGGGGCUGGAGUCUGACUGGAGUCACGGACAUGUCCUGGAUGUUCUCUAUGGACCUGACAAGAUACAGUUUGACGACACAAGUGACAAGCUGGAGGUAGAAGAAGGGAAACCUGCAGCUGUGAGAUGUUCUGCUGACUGUAACCCUGCCUGUACUGUAACCUGGUGGAACGUCUCCAGACAGACGGUGAUUACAGGACAGGGGGAGGCUGUGUUGUCUUUACCAGCUGUAGAUGUAUCUGUGUCUGGACUGUACACGUGUCACGUCAACAACACACAUGGGAGUGCAUCACGGAACCUGACGCUGAAGAUCUCCUCACGUGUAGUUACUGAAUCUAGUGUCGUUACCAUCGUCCCCGUGGCUGCUGUCUGUUCCGUCCUGAUCGUGGUCAUCGCCGUUGUCGUCAUCGUUGUUGUUUGUAGAAAACAGAGGCGUGGAGGUGAUGACAACGUCGACGACAUCGUCCCCAUCGUAGCUGUCUACUCCAUUAUGCUCACUGCUGUUGCAGUUGUGGUGGCAGCAGUUACUAUUCUUGUCUGCAAGGACGUAAAAGAAAACCAGGACAGAAGAUGUGGUGAAUAUCUUACUGUGAUGGCAGAGAGAUUGUCCCGUGACUUCAGUGAUGUACCUUGUGCUUCCAACAAUGACGGGGAUGUCUUACCCCUGCAUGAUUACGAGCGACUCCUGAGGGAACAGUUUCACAUCUACACGUCUCUUCACCCUUCAUCUUCCUAACUGAGGACCACAGUUCCAGGUGAAGCAGAAACUGAGGCAACAGUUCCACAUCUACACGUCUCUCCACUCUUCAUCGUCCUCCAUCGAGGACCACAGUACCAGGUGAGGCAGAAACUGAGGCAACAGCUCCACAGCUAUACGGCUUUGUUCCUGUCAGGUCUUUUGCAACGAACCAGAGUACCAGGUGAACCCUAACGUACAGUUCCACAUCUACCCGUCUCUCCACCAUUUGUCUGUCUGUACCGA